AUAUAUAUAUAUUUGAAUAAACUCGAGAUGACGAGGAUGAACGAGAUGUUUGAUUAAAGUAGAAAAGGAUACAAAUAAGUUAAUUACACAAUAAUCGCUUUAUGAGCUUAGCAUUUGACAUGAUGAGGAAAUCCAGCACCAUCCUUACUCACUUAAAAUCGAAGAAGAUUAACUUCUUCUCACCUUCCACUGCUCUUCUUUCCCCUCAACGCAACCCUAUCCUCACCAACCGCUUUAACUCAACCACCGCACAUAUUCCUUUCACUUCCAAUCCCAUUCACGAUCAGCAUGUAAUAGAUUUUCCUGGUGGAAAUGUCAAAUUCAUCCCUGAAAUGAGGUUCAUACCUGAAUCAUCUCAAGACAGAAUCCCUUGCUACCGUGUUCUCGAUCAUAAUGGGGAGCAGAUUUUUGGGACUGAUUUUGUGCAGGUCAGUGAGGAUGUUGCUGUUAAAAUGUAUAGUAACAUGGUUACACUCCAAACUAUGGACAAUAUCUUCUAUGAAGCACAAAGGCAAGGCAGAAUCUCAUUUUAUGUAACAACAGUAGGGGAAGAAGCUAUCAACAUUGCAUCAGCUGCAGCUCUUUCCAUGGAUGAUGUUAUUUUCCCUCAGUAUAGGGAACAAGGAGCCUUGUUAUGGCGUGGUUUCACUCUGCAAGAAUUUGCCAAUCAGUGUUUUUCUAAUAAGUUUGAUAAUGGGAAAGGAAGGCAGAUGCCGGCCCAUUAUGGGUCCAACAAGCUCAAUUACAUGACUGUAGCAUCAACGGUUGCUACGCAAAUUCCCCAUGCCGUUGGAGCUGCAUAUUCCUUAAAGAUGGACAAAAAGGAUGCAUGUGCCGUCACUUACUUUGGAGAUGGUGGCUCAAGUGAGGGAGAUUUCCAUGCCGGAUUAAAUUUUGCAGCGGUAAUGGAGGCCCCAGUCAUUUUUAUUUGCCGGAAUAAUGGAUGGGCUAUCAGUACCCCUACAUCAGAUCAGUUUCGAAGUGAUGGUAUUGUUGUGAAAGGACAGGCUUAUGGAGUCCGUAGCAUUCGUGUAGAUGGGAAUGAUGCACUGGCCAUUUAUAGUGCUGUUCAAGCUGCUCGUCAAAUGGCCGUUAGCGAAGAGAGACCAAUUCUAAUAGAAGCUCUUACAUAUAGAGUAGGACACCACUCUACAUCAGAUGAUUCUACCAAGUAUCGUCCCGCCAACGAGAUUGAAUGGUGGAGAUUAGCUCGUGAUCCUGUGGCGAGACUUAGAAAAUGGAUAGAAAGGAAUGGUUGGUGGAAUGACAUGGCUGAGUCUGAGCUUAGAAACAAUUUGAGACAUCAGCUUCUGCGGACCAUUCAAGUUGCAGAGAGUGUAGAGAAACCUCCACUUGCAGACAUGUUUAGUGAUGUUUAUGAUGUUCCUCCAUCCAAUCUCUGUGAACAGAUGAAAUGGCUGAAGGAGACCGUAAAAAAACAUCCACGGGAGUACCCAACAAAUAUUUCCAUGUAAUUUUAACCUCGAUAUCUAGUUUUUUUUUUCUGUCAAAACCUCAAUAUCUAGUUUGAAGAUAUUACAAAAUUAUCUUCAAACUUGGAUCUUCUUUGUGUACAAACUGGAGAAUAUAGUCUAAUAAUGAGAGAGGUAUGACAUCCUCAAAUAAAUUAUAAGUUGGACUUUUUUUGGCA